AUGUCUAUGUGUCUAUCUUCAUUUCGUUCUUUAAAACCAAAAUUACAGACUUUAUGUUGCAGCAGAAGAGAGUUUUCUCUCAGCGCUGUUCGACUCUCAUAUGAAGAUACUGUUAAGAAUAUGCGACUUACUAAAGAAACUCGGUUAAUUUGUCAGGGUUUUACCGGGAAACAAGGCACUUUCCAUUCCCAACAAGCACUUCAAUAUGGUACAAAAAUGGUGGGUGGCGUUUCUCCGGGAAAAGGUGGCAAGACUCACCUAGAUUUGCCAGUAUUCAAUAGUGUGAUGGAAGCUGCUCGUGAAGUAAAACCGGAUGCAUCUGUAAUUUAUGUACCUCCACCUUUCGCGGCGGCAGCAAUUCUAGAAAGUAUUGAAGCGGAAAUACCUUUGGUGGUCACUAUCACUGAAGGAAUUCCUCAAAAAGAUAUGGUCAAGGUUUUAAAAGUUUUAAAAUCUCAAAGUAAGACUCGCCUUAUUGGUCCCAAUUGUCCUGGUAUAAUUGCUCCUGAUUCAUGUAAGAUUGGUAUUAUGCCGGGACAUAUUCAUCAAAAAGGUAAAAUAGGAAUUGUUUCAAGGUCCGGAACUUUGACUUAUGAGGCAGUUAAUCAAACAACUCAAGUAAAUCUUGGACAAUCUCUGUGUGUGGGAAUUGGAGGUGAUCCAUUUAAUGGUACAAAUUUUGUGGAUUGUCUGAAAUUGUUUUUGGAAGAUGAUGAAACUGAAGGUAUCAUAUUAAUUGGAGAAAUUGGAGGUACAGCUGAAGAAGAAGCAGCAGAAUAUCUUAAAGAACAUAAUUUAAAACGUGAUACACCAAAACCAGUUGUAUCUUUUAUUGCUGGAUUAACUGCUCCUCCCGGUCGUAGAAUGGGCCACGCUGGAGCUAUUAUUGCUGGUGGAAAAGGAAGUGCAACUGAUAAAAUCAAAGCUUUAGAAUCUGCUGGUGUUAUUGUAUCAAAAAGUCCUGCAAAAUUGGGAACUAGUUUAAGAACUGAAAUGGAGAAGGCAGGAUUGGCUUAA